CGUUCAGACUUCAGAUUUUAGACACACUCUCUCAAGUCUCAACACUCAUCGUUCGUCGUCAACAUUGAACACAAGACAAAACCGCGUCACCAAAAACUUCACUACAAAUAAAUAAAUACCCUUUGUUUCCCUCUUCUUCUCCUUCAUCGUCUUCACUCACACAACAACAACAACCUCAAUUCAUCCUCUCUUCCUUCCGAUUUCCACAAAAAUGAGCGCUAAAAGUUUCGUUGAAGGUGGUAUUGCCUCUGUAAUCGCCGGUUGCUCCACUCACCCUCUCGAUCUCAUCAAGGUUCGUCUUCAGCUCCACGGCGAAGCUCCUACCUCCACCACCGUCACUCUCCUCCGUCCAGCUCUCGCUUUCCCCAACUCUUCUCCUGCAGCUUUUCUCGCCGCCGAGACCACCACCACGUCUUCCGUUCCCAAAAUUGGACCGAUUUCACUCGGAAUCAACAUCGUCAAGUCGGAAGGCGCCGCCGCGUUAUUCUCCGGCGUCUCCGCUACUCUUCUCCGUCAGACUCUCUAUUCCACCACCAGGAUGGGUCUAUACGAAGUGCUUAAGACCAAAUGGUCUGAUCCUGAGUCAGGGAAGCUGAGUCUGAGCCGUAAGAUCGGAGCGGGGCUUGUCGCUGGUGGGAUCGGAGCCGCCGUUGGAAAUCCAGCCGACGUGGCGAUGGUUAGGAUGCAAGCUGACGGGAGACUUCCUUUAGCACAGCGUCGUAACUACGCCGGAGUAGGUGACGCGAUCAAGAGCAUGGUGAAAGGAGAAGGCGUAACGAGCUUGUGGCGUGGCUCGGCUCUGACGAUUAACAGAGCAAUGAUUGUGACUGCAGCUCAGCUUGCCUCUUACGAUCAGUUCAAGGAAGGGAUACUGGAGAGUGGUGUGAUUGAGGAUGGGCUCGGGACUCACGUGGUUGCGAGUUUCGCGGCGGGGUUUGUUGCUUCUGUGGCUUCGAAUCCGGUGGAUGUGAUAAAGACGAGAGUGAUGAAUAUGAAGGUGGGAGCUUACGAAGGCGCGUUGGAUUGUGCGGUUAAGACGGUUAGAGCUGAAGGAGCAAUGGCUCUUUAUAAAGGCUUUGUUCCUACGGUUUGUAGGCAAGGACCUUUCACUGUUGUUCUCUUCGUUACCUUGGAGCAAAUCAAGAAGCUGCUUCGUGAUUUUUGAUAUUACUACUACUAUUCUUUUAUUGAUGAUGACGACUACUUUAAAUUGAUUUAUUCAUUUUUGAAAUACAGUAGUGAACCCAAAGAGAGAAGAGGAGUUCAAUAUAUUUUUUGUUCAAUCAUUGGUGUUAUAAAUACAAUUCAAUUUUUGGUUUC